UACCGUUUUCUGUUCUGUUGCUAGUACCAGUACACCUCUCCCAUUUGGCCACUGCCCAGUAGCGGCAGUCCUAUAAAUAUCCCUCUGCAAACCGCCUUCCCACAAUUUCUCAAUCCCAUUCUUCUGAAUCUUCUCUCCCCAUCUCCUGAAGCAAAGAAGCAGCUUGAUUCUUUUCCUUAAUUGCCGCUGUACUUCAAUCUUCAAUCUCCCUGAUAGUAGUAGAAGUAGUAGUGGGAGAAAUUACUUGUAAUGGGUUCCCGAGAGUUUGUCGAGUUGAUCCCGGGUCUGCCGGAAGAAAUCGCUCUGGAGUGCUUGACUCGGUUGCACUACUCAGCUCACGGGGUCGCCUCCCGAGUCUGCAAGUGCUGGCUUCAUCUGCUCCAGAGCAGGGAUUUCUACUAUCACCGCAGAAAAGCCGGGCAGACCCACAAAGCUGCCUGCUUCGUUCAGGCCCUUCCUGUUCCCUCGGAGUCCAAACCGCUGGGCCCCCCGAGUUACGGGAUCUCCGUUUUCGACUCGGUCACCGGGACCUGGGACCGAGUCGACCCGGUUCCCAGGUACCCUGCUGGGCUGCCCUUCUUCUGCCAGAUUGCCAGCACCGAGGGGAAGCUCUUCGUCAUGGGCGGGUGGGACCCGUCGACCUGGGACCCGGUCAGGGACGUGUUCCAGUACGAGUUCACGACUCGGAGGUGGACUCAGUGCGCGGACAUGCCCUCCACCCGAUCGUUCUUCGCGGUGGGCGCGGUGGAGGGGCGAAUCUUCGUCGCCGGAGGCCACGACGAGAGCAAGAACGCGCUGAGCUCGGCGUGGGUGUACGACAUCAACGGGAAUGAGUGGAGCGAGCUGGGGCGGAUGAGCGAGGAGCGAGACGAGUGCGAGGGGACGAUCAUCGGGUCGGAGUUCUGGGUGGUGAGCGGGUACGAUACGGAGACGCAGGGCGGGUUCAAGAGCAGCGCCGAGUGGUACGAGCUGGGAACGGGUGAGUGGAAGCGAGUGGAGGACGGGUGGAGGGUGACCCAGUGUCCGAGGUCGUGCGUCAGGGUGGGAGGCGAGGGGGAAUUGACAAGCUGGGCCGAGUGCGACUCGGCUGUGCGAGUCGGUGCAUGUGGAGUUGACCUGGGGGAGAAUGCCCUGGUCACGGGCUCACCUUAUCAGGGUGCGCCCCAUGGAUUCUUCCUGGCAGAGAGGAGCAGAGGAGGGCAAAAUGGCAAAUUCACCAAGCUGGACGUCCCUGACGAGUUUUCUGGAUUUGUUCAAUCCGGUUGCUACGUGGAGAUUUGAUUUGAGUCUCUCUUUUUCUUUUUUUUUUGGGGCUCUUUUUUUUUUUGUAUUUUAAAUAUCGGGAUUUUUUUUCUUUCUUUUUCUUUCUUUUUUUAAGAAAAAAAGCCGGUAUGACAAAUGCAAACUAAUAUAAAUAGUAGUAGUAGUAGUUUUAGUGAAGCAAUUAGUAGGGAGUAAAAUUUCUACGGUGGUAGCUAGUAAAAUGACAAAGGGUAGGAGGAGCAAGAGUGAUGAGUGAUGGGGAUGAAAAAAAGGUUUGUGAAGUAAUUGGGCCUUUGUAUGAUAUUAUAUUAUAAGCCCUCAAUUUUAAUGCAAUUGAAUUGAUGAUACUUUCAUCUGUUUCUUUGCC